CUCUUCCUCCCGCUGUGGAUCUAACAUGGCUCCCAGCGAACGAAGCUGAAUGUUUUCCUCCGCCGAACCCAGCACUCCGCCGCAAAGACCCUGAAAUGGGCUGAAGGUGAGUGGAAGCUAUGAGACUGUGAAGUGGUGUUUAAAGAAGAUGGCAGCAGAACUGUUCCCUACCAGCCUGAACACCAGUAUUCCCAACAGCAACGAGACAGCGGUGCCCAGCACCGCAACGAACAAGAAGAAAAUCCUCCCAGUCCCUGAACCAGUGACGGUACCAACAACCAAUACCAGCCAGCAGAACCUCAAUAACAAUAACACAGAGACUAUCAGCUGGCAGUCAACCCAUCCCACACUAAGGGAAAGAAAUGCUUUGAUGUUCAACAACGAGCAUAUGGCCGAUGUUCAUUUCAUCGUGGGUCCUCCAGGAGAAUCCCAGAAAGUUCCAGCACAUAAGUACGUAUUGGCAGUGGGCAGCUCUGUGUUUGGUGCCAUGUUCUAUGGAGAUCUUGCAGAAGGACAGUCGGAGAUACACAUCCCAGACGUGGAGCCUGCAGCCUUCCUCAUUCUGUUAAAGUACAUGUACAGUGAUGAGAUAGACUUGGAGGCAGACACUGUGCUGGCUACCCUCUAUGCUGCUAAGAAGUACAUUGUCCCUGCGUUGGCAAAAGCCUGCGUCAGCUUCCUGGAGACCAGCCUGGAGGCCAAGAACGCCUGUGUCCUGCUCUCCCAGAGUCGGUUAUUCGAGGAGCCCGAGCUAACGCAGCGCUGCUGGGAGGUGAUUGAUGCCCAGGCUGAGCUGGCCCUGCGCUCCGAGGGCUUCUGUGAGAUUGACCUGCCAACCUUGGAAAUCAUCCUUCUCAGAGAAACCCUCAACACCCGCGAGGUGGUGGUCUUCCAGGCAGUGCUGGACUGGGCCGCUGCUGAGUGCCGCAGGCAGGGUCUUGGGAUCACAGCCCAGAAUCAACGUGCGGUCCUGGGCAAGGCUUUGUACCUGGUCCGUAUUCCCACCAUGACACUGGAGGAAUUUGCAGAUGGAGCGGCGCAGUCAGACAUUUUGACCCUGGAGGAGACUCAUGACAUCUUCCUAUGGUAUACAGCUGCCAACAAACCCAGACUAGAGUUCCCUCUGGUCCAGCGAGCUGGUCUGACCCCACAGAGAUGCCAUCGCUUUCAGUCCUCAGCCUACCGUAGCAACCAGUGGCGCUAUAGGGGGCGUUGUGACAGCAUCCAAUUUGCAGUGGAUAAGCGGAUCUUCAUGGCCGGACUGGGUCUGUAUGGGUCCAGUAGCGGUAAGGCUGAGUACAGUGUUAAGAUUGAACUAAAGAGGCAGGGAACAACGUUAGCCCAGAACCUUACCAAGUUCCUGUCUGAUGGGUCCAGCAGUACCUUCUUGGUGUGGUUUGAGCACCCGGUCCAAGUGGAGCAGGAUGCUUUCUAUACAGUCAGCGCUGUUUUGGAUGGAAAUGAGUUGAGCUACUUUGGUCAGGAGGGGAUGACUGAGGUGCAAUGUGGGAAAGUCACUUUUCAGUUCCAGUGUUCCUCAGACAGUACUAAUGGGACUGGUGUACAGGGGGGUCAAAUUCCUGAACUGGUUUUCUAUGGCUGAGUGAAAGAACUGUGGCCUUUACAGUACCUGAAUGAAGGAAUGCUCUGCAGAUUAAUUUAUUAAGAUUUGAGAUAUAAUGCAUUCUAUUGUGUAAAUAAGACAAAACUUGUCUUUUAUUGGCUGGGAUGGAGCCGAAGUCUAGUGACUAAAACUCAAAGCAUUGCCACUCAUUCUUCCAUUUUGUUUCAAGGUAGCAGUGUGGCCUUUAUCAGGCAAAGAAUAGUAGAGCCAGCUAAUUGUAAAAUAAA